GUCAGUGCCGCCGCCAUAUUGCAGCGCAGUUGUUGUCAGUGGUCAGAAAUGCCGGACUGUUGCGCUGCAGUUGGAUGUUCCCAUCAGAGGAGUGCCAGGACAAAAGAGCAGGGGAUCACAUUUCACAGGUUCCCAAAAGAUAAAGUUAAAAGAAAGGCAUGGAAAGCAGCAUUAAGGAGAAGAGACUUUGAGCCAAAUGACCGCUCAGUCAUCUGCAGCUGUCAUUUCAAGACCGAAGACUUUGACAUGACAGGGCAGACAACUCGUUUAAAGGAAGGAGUGAUCCCAUCAGUUUUUAUAUUUUCUGACCGUCUUCGAAAGGUGCCCAGAAAACCCAGGUCAAGCAGGACCUCGCAAAAGGCUGCUGCAGAAAUUCAUCUCCAGGUGCCGAUUACACCCGGGUCAAGCAGGACCUCACAAAAAGCUGCUCCGCAAAGUCCAGAUGGUCCCGUUCAGCUGUCAGAGAGUCAAUCUGAGGAGUCGACCUCAGAUCAUCAGUAUGCCCUUGACCCAGUUAACAUAAAAAGAAAGUUAACCGAGGCUCAGAAGAGGGUGGAGGAAUUGCAACGGGACUUAAGAAACGCCAAGGAUCGGGAAAGGAGGCACAAGAGGAUAGUGAAAUAUCUACUAAAGGACUUAAAGCAUAAAAAUAUGCUGACAGCGGAACUGCAGCAGGAGCUGGACUCGGAUCAUCCAGUUUAACUCUUCAAGCAGCACCAUGCCGUCACUCCAGCUCAGAAGCAAUUUGCUUCAACACUUCAUUUGCAUGGACCUAAAGCCUAAAAGUACUUGAAAGAAAAACCCAGUGAUGGUACCACUCCCAUCAGAAGUGAGGUUCAGGAUGACCCUCGCACAUAAACAAUAACCGGCUUUGUGGAUCUCGGGAGAUGGCGUUGAUGAGAGCGAUGUGGCAGGUGAAUCUUUUGUGUUUGUGGUUGUUGGACUGCAAGGCCACUGGAAGAUGCCCUUUGCUUCCUUUUUUAUUCUGACAUUGAAACCAGACAUUCAGAAUAUUUGCUUCAGCAGGCCUUAGAGGCACUACAUGAGAUGGUCCUCCUACAAAAUACUGUUUUUUUAAUACUUUUUUAUCUUCUUGCUGAUAUACUGUAUGUAUAGUUUUUGUACAUAAUGUGUGAAUUUAAAUGUAAAUGAAAAAAAUAUGAAUCUUUCACUAUGAAUGUGAUAUAAAUUUAAUUGUGAAGCCUUCCAGAAAUUUACUUGAUCUUUUAACUAAAAUGUUUGUCUUUUUAAAAAAAAAUUAAGUCUUGAUUUUGAAAUGAUGAAUAGAAUAUUCAGUAUCAUAAAUACAUGUCUGUCAUUUGUAACAAACCAAAUUGCUGGAAAAUUGGUUGAAAAUUCAGCAAGGGAGAUUAUUUUAAUUGUGGAUUUGAAUGUGUCAAAUAUAUCAGUGCAAUGAGCAGCAGAGGCUAAUGCAGUAUCUACGUGUGUAUACUUGAGGCAGUUUAUCAGUGCAGCUCCCUCUGGAGCUACAGAAGACUUUAUUCCACUUUUUGAAACAUGCAGUAGUACUCCCCAAGACCUGUAAACAGACCUUGAUGUUAGAAAUUGGUUGGGUUCCUCGUGAAGCAGUAAACUACGGAUAAUUUUCAAGUGAGGUGAUCUUUUUGCAGGGUUGUGAGCACACUGGAUACUUCUGACAAGUUCACCUGGGAACUGGAUGUCAAAAAUGGUCAUAGGUUCAUAUCACAUUCUGGUCUGUCAUUAAAGGAGUACGGUGUCUUUUAAUUAAUUAA